AUGGAGGAGAUGUUGCUGCAAUUUCAGUCCGUGCGGCCGCUACCCCGCGCUGCAGACGGAGGAGGGCUGCGUCUUCGAGUCCGUCGCCAUCCUGCGGCACGUCGCGCGUCUCGAUCCGGGCGGCGGCUUCCUGCAAGACUGAACAUCGCCGGAGAGCGGACGGGUGGAGUUGCAGGCAGCUCCUCUGGUGAGGCUGACCAACCUGUUGCGGUGUGGUGGUGGUGCAGUGCCCGCGCUGCCGUUUGUCUGCCAGGGUGGGGGCGGGUGUUGUGCCACCGGAGGGGGUCCACGCGGCGGGUUCACGGUGGGCCGCUCAGAGGAGCCUCGUGA